AUGCAGAAGGUCGCCAUGCGUUCUUCAUGCCAGAAGCUGUUGGCAUGCGUGUGCUGGCCCCCUCACUUCACUCACCAAAAAGGGCAGCUUGUUGUUUACUUCCCUGCGUGCUGGCCCCCUCACUUUGUCACUUUGUCACAAUCCCAUGCAUGCAUGCAUGAUUUGCGCUUUAAUAGCUGCAUUGUCAAAAUUCCAACGUGGCGAAUAGUUCCGGUCCAAGAUGUCAUUGACACUACUUUUAAACAUCCUGAGAUAAGAGCACAGGUCAGAGCAAAUCCUUAUUGCUACAAAGGACGUCCUCGUUUGAACACUGUCAAUGAACUUCUAAACACUAGCUUGGAGCUUGAGCAAAGACUUCAUGAGGUUUCAUUACCAUUUAUGGUACUACACGUAGGAGAUGACAGAGUAACAGAUAAAGCAGUGAGCCAACUAUUGUAUGAUGUUGCAGCAAGUCCGGACAAGAAUUUCAAGUUGUAUCUCGGGAAGUGGAACAGAUUGUUGUACGGUGAGACGUCAGAAAAUAUCAAGAUUGUAUUUACGGAUAUCAUCAACUGGUUGAAUCGGAGAACCAAAUCUGGAAAUUUGAGGUUGGAGAGGGAAUUGAAGCUUCAAAAGGAUGAGAUUUUGAUCUCAAAACAUAUGUGAACUUUUGGGUGAUUAGGGUUUCUUA